UGACGCGCUUCGCAUUUUUCCGCCGCGAGAGGGACGCCGCGAAAUCGCGCCCACGCGGACAGCCGGACGGCAUAUUAUCGCCGCGGCGCUGUAUCUUGUUUGCGCUAUGCAAUUGCCGCGAAAUUCCGUGUAGAACGCGGCCAGACAGCGCCGUCUCGAGAACCGCCAACUCUCCGCGGCUGUCUCAAUUAUAGAACGUCGUGCACCUAGCCGAAGCGGCCGAAAAUUUGCCCGUUCAACGCGACCGACUAAUGCCGGCUAAUGCCGGCUAAUGGCGCACGUGCGCGGCUCUGUGCGAUCUUGUAUCGACCAGCGCCGCGAGUUGUACGUUUUUCUCGCGCCCGACUCGCCGGCGUUAUUAUUCCACGUACGCGAUCAGCACCGUAACUUCGUAUAGGUACUUUUCCAUAAAUUGAGCGGCAUUCGGCGCAUGUAUUACGAUUUUUCCGUAUUACGCGCUGAACUUCGCCAAUAGGGACCCGGCCGAGGCCACGAUUCGGACUCGCGCCAGAGGAACGCCGCGGAAUUAUAAAGAGGGUCUGGUCUGUGCGCGCAUCGAAACGAUGCAUUACACUAGCGUGGUGCGAUCUGGCGGGCUGAUUAUCGAUUUCUCGCGCGACUUCCUUCGCCGAGACAUCCCACGUAGAAAUAUGUCUGCUGUUCGCGUUAUUCCGUCGACGCGACGCAGCUACCGAACUCUGUUGCGCUCUCGUCGACUUGGUCGAAUUAUUCGUCGUCGUCUAACUUGAUUCAUAAAAAUUAAUUUAUAUGGCAAACACAGAGCCUCCGUCGUUUCUCGCGCGAGGUCUCUCGUGUCCCUGGAAGUUCUCGCAGGACUUCAACUUCGGUACUUCACUUUCUCCAUUUAACGGGCCAUUUAUGGGCGACGCCGGCGUUUUAACUCUCAGCCGCUUUUAAAUACCUCGAGGGACCCGUCUGGCCUCGUUUAAAUUCGGAGUGUGUCGUAAAUUUUCGGACUUCUCUCUGCACCGGUGUAGGGAACGGAUUGAGAGCUACUUAGGAGGCUGUACAAACACACUCGUCUCGAUGAUGAGACCCGCGACUUUUCGUAUAUUCGUCUGAUCGGUAUUUUAGACAAGCUGCGAUGGCUCUUCUGUAGGAUAGUUGGCUUCUUUUCACGUUUUACGUCCCUUCGAGCAAAGCUCAUGGAAAAACUCGCCCGUAAACCGCCGCCGCUCGCGUUUUCAUCGUCGGGACGGAAUUUUCAGCUGGAUUUUUAUCGCGCCACGCCGGUGCAUAUUUUCGUGACAUACGUCCUUAGUAUGUCGCAUACAUAAUUUACGCGUCUUUGUUCCGGUAAUUAUUGUCGCGACUGACAAUGGACAAUGGCGCGUUUAAUGUAUCAUUAUGAAAAGAAAUAUUCGUCCAUCGUGCAUUGUCGACCGUGCCGCGAGACGCGGCUUUGUGGAACGUCGGUUAUGAAAUAUGGAUAUUGCAGUAACGAUACAAUGAAAGGCGAGAGAGACGCACUGUCUUACAUACUCUCGUCGUUCCUCUCGUCGCGCAUCGUCCGUUUAUUAUCUAUUGACUGCUGCGCGACGAUACAGGUAAUGAGAUACGCUUGCGAAAAGCAUCAAGCGUCAUAUCAGCUGAUAGGAAAACACGCUUUUCACUGACGCGGCGAUUGCACCAUCGGACCUGGCGCGCACAAUCGCCCGAGGGGAAAGAAAAGUGGCGAUUUGUUGCUCACUGUUCGCGUCUGCCCGUGGAUGUUCUGAGCGAAAAGAAAUCUCCACAUCGCGCCGACACGUGCGCAUAAAUCGUACGGUGUAAUUUUCCUCGAGGUCUCGGGGUUUACUGCGCCGGGGGACGACUCCGAGGACUCGUUUCAGCACGGGAGGUCAGAUCAGGUCGCGACAGCGGGCCCCUUUAAAAAUUGCAAACGCUCCGGCCUUUCUCGCAAUUGUCCUGGUAACGCACAGAAAAAUAUGAUCACCUGAGGCGAGACUCGAUCGUUUCCGGUACGAGAGAAGAAUCUCGUUGCGAUGAGGAUUUCUGUGCUGCGACGGCGAGGUGAGGAAGAUCGAGGGGGCCCCGAGGAGGAAGCAGUCGAGAAGAGAGCUCGCCAUGAAGUCUCAGCGAGUCGUGGGCCGAUUGCCAGGAGACUACGCCAAGAGAAAAAGGGUUCUCGGAAGGAGAGGCUCCCUGCCGCGCUGGCUGCACUUUUCGAGGGCCUCGCCUCGCCUUGCCGGGCUAAAGACGGCUUGCCAAAUCGCGUGUACGAGUUAAUUGAGUAAUGCCUGCCGUCUGCGACGUAGCCGGCUAUUUUCGCGAACCGGGUCCCGUCGUACCGUAGGUCCCCAUCCUUCGGGCGAUCUGCUGUUCGUAAAGCACGACGCAUAUGCUGUUGAUGGAUGCUUUCCUCCAGAACAACAGACUGGAUCAUGUCUCGAGGGUAAUGUCUUCUCAUCCAACGUAUCUGGAUCAUUUCCUUCGGACGCAACAUUUUAUCCUCAGGGGUGACGGACCACUUCCUUAUGACUACAGGCAUCUCAUUGCCAUUAUGGCCGCGGGCAGGCACCAGUGUAGCUACCUUAUAAACCUGCAGAAGGGAGAGUUCCUGCUGCAGGGCGGUGACCUCUCGUGGCUCCAAGGCCUGAGAUCGAUUCCAGGGAAGCUACAAGAUCUCUAUGAGAUCAAUAAGAUCCUAGCUCACAGACCGUGGCUCCUGACCAAGGCGCACAUAGAGAAACUGACUAAGGGCGACGAUAAUUGGACCAUAGCCGAGGUCGUUCACGCGAUAGUCCUAUUAGCCCACUUCCACUCAUUAUCUUCUUUCGUAUUUUCCUGCGGGAUUAAUGAGGAAUUAGAUAAUGUGACCGGUCAUCACUACAAGGACAACAGCCAGGAAAAUAGUAGUAAAGUACCACCAGCCAAAGAUAAACUCUCCAGCAGUCCUAAGAAGAUUCCCAACAAUGACGGCAAGACUGAAAAUGUACCGUCGCCGCCAUCAUCGCCGAGCAUAGUCGGCGAGCAGGAGGUCGGAGUGGAGACUCUGAUGGAACGUAUGAAGCGCCUCUCGGAAAAGUCCGAGUCUUAUCAGAUCACGCAGGAGGAGCUGUCGAAGAGAUUCGAGACUGUCGAGACGCAAUCAGCCGAGCUGGCGGCAGCACCGCAGAGGAGUAGCUCGGUUCUCGACUCGGAUAUCGGUCUUUUCAUCGAGGACCCCACUUUCAUCUACCAGGAUUUCGCCAAGCGCGGUCAGCUGAACGACAUACCGACCUUCCGCGUCCAGGACUGCUCCUGGGACGAUCACGGAUACUCCCUGGUAAAUCGUCUUUACAACGACGUUGGCAAUCUGCUCGAUGACAAGUUCAAGACCGCGUACAAUCUGACGUACUACACGAUGGGUACGCACAACAAGGUCGACACGUCCCGCUUCAGACGGGCAAUCUGGAACUACAUACAGUGCAUGUUCGGCAUAAGGCACGACGAUUACGAUUACAAUGAGGUCAAUCAAUUGCUCGAACGAAGUCUGAAGACCUUCAUCAAGAGCGCCGUUUGUUAUCCGGAGCGCGUCACCAAGAGGGAUUACGAUCGUGUCAUGAGGGAAUUUAAACACAGUGAAAAGGUCCACGUGUGCCUGAUGAUCUUAGAGGCUCGCAUGCAAGCGGAAUUGCUAUAUGCUCUUCGAGUCGUGAUGCGGUAUAUGACGUAAAGCGGAGUUCCGCGUCGCCCCUUCGCCUGUCUGCUGUCUGUCAGUCAGUUUGUCGAUUUGUUUUCCCGCGCAAAUUCGCGCGAUGUUUUCGCGGGGUUCUGCACACGGCACGGCAAGGAACGAGCGAGCACGAUAUCAUCGAGUCUCAUACGAAACACACACGCACGCGACUUGAGGAGAGAGACGAAUGAGAUCCGUUGCUUUGGGCGUGUUCGACGCCAUCGUCGUAAGGUCAUCGCUACAUGGUUCGAUUGGUGUGCCGUCGGCAAUAGACGGCAAUCGUGGCUCUUCAGUAAGCGCUGAAAAGGCGAUAACGAAGAAGCAAAGAAGAAGAAAAGAAAGAACAGCGUCCGGCGUAGAUUGAGGAAGCAAGGCGGUAGGUGGAUCGCGGCGUUGUUUGAUCAUUUGUUUCUGUUGCGCUUUUGACGCGAUUCUUCGUCCAGCCGCUCGUCCGAGUCCAUCUAACGGCGAAUUCAACGCAUCUUUAGCCUCCGAGCGACUCAACGAACGCGUCGAUUGCGCAGCUCCAGUUCCGUCAAUUCGCGAAAACAUGAUCCGUAAUGGGCAAGAGUGUUUUUCUAUUUGUGUCGAGAGCGGAUCAGAGAAAAGAAUUUAAUGUAAUUGAAGAAGAUGAAAGAGGGAAAGAGAAUGAGAGAAGGAAGAGAGCAGAAUGAAAAGAAAGAGAGGAAGAGAGAUAGAGGUAUAUUGAACAGAUAGGGAGACGGGGAUGACAAGGAGGAGAGAUUUAUAAUUCGUUUUGUACAUAGACACUUGUAUUUUUCUACGUUCGACAUCGUAGCAGACUGUUAUUUGUGCGUAUCGUUUAUGUUUCAGAUCUGUUAAAGUUUGCUCUCGCCUGUUAGAAGCUUUCGCGUCGCGCUUGUAACGUUACACACACACUUCGCGUUUACGUUUCGAUCUUCCGUGCGUUUUGUAGGUGCGUCCGCACCGUUGCUUGUCGCAGGUGGACGUGCACGCGCGUACACACGCGCCGAGCGGGACAAAAGUGCGUAGCUCCAUGCAAUAUAUUUCGUUUCUCCUUUCUGUCGGAUAUCUUGUCGAAGGAUGGAAAAUUAAUCGUUAAGGGUAAAUUAUAUAAGAAAUCGGUUAACGCUGAAUCCGUAAUUAUAUGCGAGAUCAUCGUUGCGGUUUUCACUUGGACUCGUCCCGGUGUCUCACGCCCGAGUUUCGAGUUCCGGGUUUCCGUUUUCGUUGCGCGCACGCCGACAUAAAAUCGUCGGAUUACGUCGAUAUUUGAUUAUGAAGUGGCACGUAUCGACAAAUGGAAAAAGAGAGAGAGAGAGAGAGAAAGAGAAAAUCGAGAAAUUGUUUUUCGUGUCGUGUUUGCGAUGUACACAUAUACGCAUUUUAUCGUUUAUUUCCGACGACUCAGUCUCGUAACGUGAAAGCUAAUAUAAAAUCGUACCUAUCUUUCAUCAUACACGUGCGUCGACGAACCUAGAUUGUAGGACGAUCCCCGCGACCGCGUAUGUGCGUGCGUGCGUGCGAGUGAACGACAGUCGACAGAAAGUGUCGCGUGCGCGUCGAGCUAUACGCGACGCGAAUUCGGUUGUUGUCCUAGCGGAAUAAAAACACCAGAGGAAGAAAAUCGUUCUGUUCGUUCUAUGUGACAAGAAGAAGGGGAGGUUGAUGAUUUGGAGAGUUAAUAGGUACAGAUUGCUCGAGUCGUGCGCGCAAGCAAACAUCGUCGCGAGAAUCGCGACUUGUCGAUCAGUUGGGGAACACCAAUCUCUCGACGCGCGACUUUCCGCGCGUGGACGGUUAUCAACGAAUUUCCAUACCUUUGGUAUUUCCAUACCAUAGCGUUAAAACACUAGAGGAAGGAAAGAUAGAGAAAAAGAGAG